AUGGUCGAUAAGAAUGCCUUGACGAUCGGCUGCCACGCCAAAAUCGAAGGCAUCAACACAUCCUAUGGAUAUGUACCGCAUCUGGCCCCGGGAAUUGCCUUUUGUGUUCUGUUUGGCCUCUCGAUGAUUGUGCAUACCGUCCAAUUCUGCUGGAAGCGACAAUGGUGGUGUGUAGUGUUUAGUAUUGGAUGCAUGGUGGAAUUAAUCGGGUGGGCUGGUCGAACCUGGUCGCAUGAUUGUCCAUACAACGGUACUGCCUUCUUGAUGCAGAUUUCCACUCUCAUUAUUGCCCCGACUUUCUUCACUGCCGGCAUCUACGUUCUCCUCGGCCGAUUCAUCCAAAUCCUGGGCCCCCAGUCCUCCAUUCUCAAACCAAGCCUGUACCUCUGGAUCUUCUGCACAUGCGACGUUAUCUCACUUGUUGUGCAAGCGGUUGGAGGUGGCAUGGCCUCAAUUGCAGUAAACAAGGUCAAUGGCGACACCGCACCCGGUACACAUACCAUGGUGGCCGGUAUCGUGUUCCAGUUGUUCUCCAUCACCAUCUUCGUCUUCUGCGCCGCAGACUUCAUUCGCCGUUCCCUGCGUCACAAUCUUCUCCAGCAUAUGACUGGCUCCAUUCUCCCGCUGCUGUAUGCUAUGAUUUUCUCCGUCCUGUGCAUCUACGUUCGGAGCAUCUACCGUACGAUCGAGCUGUCGCAGGGCUGGACGGGGUACCUGAUUACUCACGAGAAAUACUUCAUUGCGAUGGAUGGUGCGAUGAUGAUCGCAGCUGUUGCGGUUUUCAACUUUGUGCACCCUGGUUGGUUACUGCCUCGGGAUGAUGUUAAACGACCGAUUUCCACGGAUGAAGUUGAGAUGAACCCUGCAUCGGAGAACUACUAG